CCUCCUCUCCGACGCUUAUUAAAAUUAAUCACGCAUUACAUUGAACCUGAAAAUAUUCACUCUUUGGUGCUGAUUUCUCUCCACAUUAGUGCCACCCCAGCUGCUUCCGAGCAUUCACUUCACAUUUUUCCGCUCUCUGGGUGAUGAUCAUGGCUUCGGCCACUCUCUCCGUAGCCAAACCAGCUCUCCAGGGAAAUGGAAAGAGCUUCUCCGAAUUCUCCGGCCUCCGCAGCUCAUCGGGCUACCUUCCCUUGUCUAAGAAAUCCUCCGACGACUUCCAUUCAGUCGUUGCCUUCCAGACCUCUGCAGUUAAAAGCAGCGGAGGGUACAGGAAAGGAGUGGCGGAAGCAAAACUAAAGGUAGCCAUUAACGGGUUUGGUAGGAUCGGAAGGAACUUCUUGAGAUGCUGGCACGGUCGAAAGGACUCUCCUCUUGACGUCAUCGCCAUCAACGACACCGGAGGUGUCAAGCAGGCCUCUCACCUCCUCAAGUACGACUCCACCCUCGGAAUCUUCGAGGCCGACGUCAAGCCCGCCGGCGACAGGGCCAUCUCAGUGGACGGAAAGAUCAUCCAGGUCGUCUCCGACCGCAACCCCGUCAACCUCCCCUGGAAGGAACUGGGGAUUGACUUGGUGAUAGAAGGAACAGGGGUGUUCGUGGACAGAGAAGGAGCCGGGAGGCACAUUCAGGCAGGAGCCAAGAAGGUGCUCAUUACAGCACCAGGCAAAGGUGACAUUCCUACCUACGUCGUUGGCGUCAACGAAGACGCUUACAGUCCCGACGAGCCCAUCAUCAGCAACGCUUCUUGCACCACCAACUGCCUCGCCCCCUUCGUCAAGGUUCUCGAUCAGAAAUUCGGUAUCAUCAAGGGUACCAUGACUACAACUCACUCCUACACCGGAGACCAGAGGCUGCUGGACGCCAGCCAUCGUGACCUGAGGCGAGCCAGAGCCGCCGCGUUGAACAUUGUGCCGACUUCAACUGGAGCGGCCAAGGCGGUGGCCCUUGUUCUGCCGAGUCUAAAAGGGAAGCUGAACGGGAUUGCGCUGCGUGUGCCGACGCCGAAUGUGUCAGUGGUGGACCUGGUGGUUCAGGUUUCGAAGAAGACUUUUGCAGAGGAAGUGAACGCUGCUUUCAGGGAGAGCGCAGACAAGGAGCUGAAAGGGAUUUUGUCAGUGUGCGAUGAACCGCUCGUGUCGGUGGACUUUAGGUGCACCGACGUGUCGUCCACCGUGGACUCUUCGUUGACGAUGGUGAUGGGAGAUGACAUGGUGAAGGUGAUUGCCUGGUAUGACAAUGAAUGGGGUUACUCCCAAAGGGUUGUGGAUUUGGCUGACAUUGUUGCCAACAAAUGGAAGUGAGCCUCUCCUCCCCCACCAUUUCUCAAUCGUCCACGGACUUGGGCCGUUUCUAUUUUUGUAUGAUUUACAACAUUUCUUGCUUCUUCUUCUUUUUCAAUUUUCUUACUCAAACCUGUACCCAGAAAUAGAACCCUCAAUUUUCUCUCGCCUUCUCAUUCUGUAAUAAAAUUCUUCUCGCGUUGAA